AUGCCGCGCCCGCGGUGCCAGCUCUUUUACCACCCUUCACCAUUUGUGUCUUUUGCACUCCCAUUUCUAAGCAUCAUGUCCAUCGUAGAUGACUAUGCUAGGAGUCUCAACGAGCUAACUUUCAACUCCCAGCCCAUAAUCAAAACGCUAACUGAUAUCGCAGGCGAAAAUGUUGGUAUGGCGGAGGGCAUCGCCAAUGCCAUUUUCAACCGGAUUUUAAAAUCGAUUCCAGAACAAAAAUUAUUUGCUUUGUAUCUCCUCGACUCAGUGUGCAAGACGAUCGGAUCUCCAUAUUCCGAUAUUGCUGGCUCCCAAGUUUUCAACUUGUUUUCUCAUGUUUAUAUGUUGGUUGGUGAUGCGGUGCGACAGAAGCUUGUUAAGUUGUUUAUCACAUGGAAGCAAACCAUCACUCGAGAUGGGCAGCCAUUGUUUCCUCAUAGCCAACUAGACCGAAUUGAGCAGUUUUUGCAAAAAGCAGGAAGAAACAUCAAUAAUGGAGGCGGUGAAAGUGCCAUCUCGAACUCAUCGGUGAUUGCUGAUAUCCAGACCUUGAUACCUAUUUUUGAAAACAAACUCAUCAACAACCCCGACCCUCAGCUUUCUGGCCGGUACGAGGCACUCAAGCUGCUCGAAGCUCUUCUCCAAAGUCAACCCAUGAACGCUCAAGAACUCCAAGCUGUACAAGUUCAGCUAGCCACCAUGAAGCAGCAGGAAUUGAGUGGUUUAAACACCCCUGUUGUCACUCCAUCAAGCACCGCAGUCGCCACACCUUCCGUCACCCCGGCAUCUACCCCUGGACUUCCCCAAGCGCUGUUGGUAUUGAGUCAAAAUAAACGUGCCAACGAUCUCUUCAGUGUGCUCAUUGCUUCGGGCCUUGUCAAAGUCGAGCAAUCGCUCAAGCCGGGAUCUGUACCCAAGUACGAACUCGUAUUCCCAGCCACAAAGUAUGAGCCUCGCAAGAAAACCCAAGUAACCAAUAAUGCAUUGGAGCAAUUGCUUUCAAGUGCCAAUUCAAAUAUCGUACGGUCUGCGUACGACCAGCUCAAAUUUAAUGAGCUUCUGCAUCUCCCCAUCGAUUCCAAAUCUCCAGCAAAGGAAUUACAAGAUUUCAUUAAUACUAAAAAGGUUUCUACCAAGACACUUGCUCUACUCUACGAUGCGAAACCUUCUCAAUGUAGCAGUUGUGGUAAGCGCUUCUCUACUGAUGAUAUGGGUAAAAAUAGAAAAAGAAUGCAUUUAGACUGGCAUUUCCGUAUCAACAAAAAGCUUGCUACCAGAUCCAAUGUGCAAUCUCGGAAUUGGUACUUGGACGAUGUUGAUUGGGUCAAAUUUAAGGAAGAUGAUUUGCUUGAGUAUACUACCACCGAACAAAAGGCUAUUGCGGCAGCUCCUCCAGUUCCUACCAAGAACGAGCCAGUGCCUUAUGUGGUGGUUCCGCCGUAUGAAACCAACAUGAACAACAAAUGCUUGAUAUGCCAUGAACCAGUUAAUGCCGUGCAAAAUGAGGAUAUUGGAGAAUGGUGCUGGUACAAUUGUAUACGGGCACCAGGUGAGCCCAAGACCAGCCGCAAGAUUGUCCAUGCUACAUGCUUCAAUGAAACCAAACGAAAAGCGGGUGACGAUAUUUCACCUCCAGCCAAGAGAGAGCGAGUAUAA